AUGUCUUUAUCAUAUGUGACCAAUCCAUUUGGUCUUCCAACUGAGAGCACUCAGUUGCCAACUUUCACAACACCAGUGAAUGCAAUUAACUCUGUGUUGUUCAGAAAUCUGAAGAGUAUUUUCAGUUACAAAACAUUCUCAGACCCUGAUUUAUUGGAUGCUUCUAUCAAAAAGUUAGCUGAAAGAGAGAACGGUUUGUUCUUUAAGGAAUUGGACGUAAGAUCAGGUGCAGGCUUGACUACUUUGGGUUUUGCUAAGGGUUCUUCCGACCUUGCUGGUAUUAUCACUCCAGGUUAUGCUUUGCCUUAUUUCGUCAGCAGUUUCAAACAAGAAAUCGACACCCAGUCGAAAUUCGUCUUUAGCGUUGGUUCGUUGGAUUAUGAUGAGGCUUCUGGUUCUAUAAUCAACGAUUAUUUGACUCCUUUGAAAGCUGCAAAGGAUUUGGGGUUCCCUGUCAUUACACCAUUGCAAAUCUCCGAAGUUAAAGCUACCACGUUAUUGACCUUGGCAUUGGCUAAAUACGGUUCAGGUUUGGGUGCAGUUCAGUUAUUUGAUGGUGCCCAAUAUGCGAGAACUGUCACUAGAGUGGAAGAUAAGAUGCAAGAUAGAUUUAUUGAAUCGUUGAAUUUAGCUGACGAUUCUACUUUUGAUCAGAUCUUGGAUGCUUUCAAUGAGAACUCCCCGGAGAGACUGCACAACUUCCAAUAUUACGGUAAUGAGUCUGCUGAAACUAUUUUCAUUACUUAUGGUUCUUUGGAGACCGAACUUUUUGCUUCUCUAUUGAAUCAAAGUGGCUCUAAGGUCGGCGUACUUGCUGUUAGAAUCCCAUUGCCAUUUGACACUGAGAAAUUUGUUUCUUUGAUUCCUACUACUGUUAAGAAAAUUGUCGUAAUUGGCCAAUCUCUAACUGGCCAGUCUCCAUCCUGGUUGAGAUCUCAGGUUUCAGGUGCGUUAUUCUUCCACAACAAGAGAACUUUAACCAUUGCCGAGUACAUCUAUCAGCCAAACUUUGUUUGGUCCCCAAAGGCUGUUAAGCAAAUUGUUACUAGUUUCAUCCCAAGUUUCGAAUUGGAGAUAUCAAGUAAUUCCCAAAACUUCAUUUACUGGACCACUGACAACAGUAAUAAUUUGGAUUUGGCUGCUAGAUUAGUACAAGGUCUAUCAUUGAUCGAUAAUGUUGAUAUUUCCUUGAGAACGAAAUUUGACAACAUUGGGAAUGCAGGUACCUUCCAAGCACAGUUCACUUCGCAUCCAUCAAAGUCGAAAAGUGUUGUUUCUAAUAUCGACUCUGCCGAUGUGAUUGUUGUCGAAGACAUUUCCAUUUUAAAUGCUUAUGACGUAGCUUCCACUGUGAAGCAAGAAGGUUCCAUCAUUGUAUUGGUGAAGAGCUCUUUGGUUGAUAAGGAUUUAAAGGAUAAGAAGUUCUACACUGAUGAAUUGAAAAUUAACGAAGCAUUUUUAACCACUGUUGCUGAAAAGAAGAUCAAUGUUACAUUGAUCGACGUUGAAACAAUUGGUGACAGAGAGGAAACUAAAGGUCGUACUUUGUCCUUCGUCACUCAAGCUGUCUUCUGGAGUGCUGCAACUAACGAUGACAAACAGAGCAUCAUUCGUCGUAUCUGGAACUCAGCAGGUCCUGAUAUCGAAUUACUUGCUGCUGUGUUGUCUGAUACCAUUAGUACUGCCCUUGAAACUGGCGUGAAGGCCAUUCCAAAUGAAGUUUACGCUACAUUCAUUGAAGAUAAAGCUAAGGGUGAAGAAGUAAAAGAAGAAGAAAUCCAUCAGUUACCAACUUUUGUCACUGAAACCUCAUUCUCUGCAAACCAGAGAUUUACCGAAGAAGUACCAGAGACUGAAAUUGCUAAGAUCGCUGAAAUUUCAAAGAAGUUGACUUUCCAAGAAGCUUACGGAGUGUCACAACAAUUGAGGCCUGAUUUGCCCGUUAACAAUUAUGUCGUUAAAGUUAAGGAGAACAGACGUGUCACUCCAGAUGACUAUGAUAGAUACAUUUUCCAUAUUGAGUUUGACAUUUCUGGGACAGGAAUGACUUACGAUAUUGGUGAAGCAUUGGGUGUUCAUGCAAAAAACAACUUGGAGAAUGUGCAAAAAUUCUUGCAGUACUAUGGUUUGAAUGAAAGUGACAUUGUUCAGGUACCAAAUAAGGAUGACCAUCACUACUUAGAGUCAAGAACCGUUUUGCAAGCCUUCGUCGAAAAUCUUGAUAUUUUCGGUAAACCACCAAAGCGCUUCUACGAGAGUUUGAUCGAUUUUUGUACUGACGACAAAGAGAAGAGUAAGCUAGAAAACUUAGUUUCUGCUGCCGGUGCUACUGAAUUAAAACGCUUACAAGAUGUCGAGUACUAUACUUAUGCCGAUAUCUUCGAGUUAUUCCCAUCAGCCAGACCAUCGGUUGAAGAUCUUGUGAAAAUAAUUGCCCCAUUGAAGAGAAGAGAAUACUCUAUCGCAUCUUCUCAAAGAAUCCACCCUAACGAAGUCCAUUUAUUGAUUGUCGUUGUGGACUGGAUUGAUAAUAAGGGAAGAAAGAGAUAUGGUCAAGCUUCAAAAUUCAUUUCUGAUUUAGCUAUCGGUUCUGAACUUGUUGUAUCUGUGAAACCAAGUGUUAUGAAGUUGCCACCAUCUCCAAAGCAACCAGUUAUUAUGAGUGGUUUAGGUACUGGUUUAGCACCUUUCAAGGCUAUCGUAGAAGAAAAAUUGUGGCAAAGACAACAAGGUUAUGAAAUCGGUGAAGUCUAUUUGUAUUUGGGUUCUAGACACAAGAGAGAAGAAUAUUUAUACGGUGAAUUAUGGGAAGCUUAUAAGGAUGCUGGAAUUAUCACUCACAUCGGUGCCGCUUUCUCCAGAGAUCAACCUGAAAAGAUUUACAUCCAAGAUCGUAUCAAAGAAAACUUGCCAGAGUUGAAGACUGCAAUGAUUGACAAUGAAGGUUCCUUCUACUUAUGUGGUCCAACGUGGCCUGUUCCUGAUAUCACUCAAGCUCUACAAGAUAUUAUUGCUGCAGAUGCGAAGGAGAAGGGCAUCAACGUUGACUUGGAUGCUGCCAUUGAAGACUUAAAGGAAACUUCUAGAUAUAUCCUAGAAGUUUACUGA